AUGAGAAAACCUAGCUGUGACAUCAACAAGAACAAAGGAACUUGGUCCCAAGAAGAAGACCAGAAACUCAUAGAUUAUAUUAACAAACACGGCGAGGUUUGUUGGAGUACACUCCCUCAAGCCGCAGGUUUACUUCGAUGUGGUAAAAGUUGUAGGCUAAGAUGGAUGAACUAUCUAAGACCAGACCUUAAAAGAGGCAACUUUGGUGAAGAUGAAGAGGAUCUCAUCAUCAAACUUCAUGCACUUUUAGGCAACAGGUGGUCACUAAUUGCUGGAAGAUUGCCUGGACGUACUGAUAACGAAGUGAAGAAUUAUUGGAACUCUCAUAUAAGAAAAAAGUUGAAUAGCAAGGGUGUUGAUCAAAGUAAUCAUGGUUUAAACCACAAAAUCCUUCCCCUUCAAAACUCACUAAUGUCUAAUAGUUCAAAAUCUUGUGGCUUGAAAGAGAUUUGCAAGAAUAAGACUCAAGUUGAGAAUUAUGGCGAAGUCUCAAAUGCUUCAAGUGGUGAAGAUAUUGAAUCAUGUGCCCUAUUGGAUAUAAACCUUGAACUCUCCCUAUGA